AUGUACGUGUCUGACGAUGACAUUGUCAAUGAUUUAGACAAUGCAUACCUACCAAAAGAGUCUGGAGGCUUCAUACCAGAUACCACAACUUCUACUUAUGACGAUGGUCUAUUAACUGCUCCUCGCCAACCACCUAUCUUUACAGCUAGUUCCCCCGAGUCUUCAGCCCAGGGCUUUGCGGAAACUAUUCACACACAGCCUAAAGGUCAAGUUAACAUCUGA